GGAAGGAUGAGCUCCUAUGCUGACAUCUGUGGGUCCAAGCACGCACAGGGCAGCACCGAGGGAGGGUACCAGCGCUAUGGAGUUCGGUCCUACCUGCAUCAGUUUUAUGAGGACUGCACAGCUUCAAUUUGGGAGUAUGAGGAUGAUUUUCAGAUCCAGAGAUCGCCUAGCAGGUGGAGCUCUACGUUCUGGAAGGUCGGACUCAUCUCUGGGACGGCUUUUAUGCUGAUAGGUUUAACCGUUCUUGUAGUAGGUUUUCUUGUGCCACCGAAAAUCGAAGCUCUUGGGAAAGAUGAUUUUGUGGUGGUGGAUACCCGUGCCGUUCAGUUUAAUGGGUCCCUUGACAUAUGCAAGCUGGCAGGAGCAAUCUUGUUUUGCGUUGGAGGGUCCACCGUGGCAGCGUGUCUCCUGCUGUCUGCUUUUGCUAAAAGUUACUCCAAAGAAGAAAAGUACCUCCAGCAAAGAUUUAAAGAGAGAAUCGCCGAUAUAAAAGCCCAUGCAAACCCAGUCACAAAAGCGCCAGCACCAGGAGAGUCAAAGAUACCUGUCACCUUGUCCAGAGUUCAUAAUGUCCAGCCUUUAUCUGAAACCUGACCUGUUCCUUAGGUUGUGUUUCUCCCUUGUAGAUCAGUUUAAAUGGAAAAUAUCAGCUGUUGUUGGCAUACGUGCUAGUCAAUGACAACAUCGAGUGCUCUGCUAUACAAACACACAGCUGACAGGGAAGCUGCUCCAAUACAAAUU